CGGGUCUCUAGCCUGACCGACCAUGAAUCGCAGCCGCCAGGUGACGUGCGUGGCGUGGGUCCACUGCGGCGUGGCCAAAGAGACACCAGACAAGGUAGAGCUAAGUAAAGAAGAAGUAAAGCGUCUCAUUGCUGAUGCCAAGGAAAAACUGCAAGAAGAAGGUGGCAGCGAUGAAGAGGAGACAGGCAGUCCUUCAGAAGAUGGCAUGCAGAGUGCACGCACCCAAGCACGACCCAGAGACCUCCUGGGGGAUGGUGACCCAGAGGAUGACAGGACGCUGGAUGACGAUGAGCUGGCCGAGUACAACCUCGAUAAAUAUGAUGAUGAGGACCCAGAUGCGGAGACUCUUGGUGAAUCUCUCUUGGGUCUUACAGUCUAUGGGAGUAAUGAUCAAGAUCCUUACGUUACUCUGAAAGACACGGAACAGUAUGAACGUGAAGAUUUCUUGAUUAAGCCCGGUGACAAUCUCAUAGUUUGUGGCCGAGCUGAACAGGACCAGUGCAACUUAGAAGUGCAUGUUUAUAAUCAAGAAGAAGACUCUUUCUAUGUACAUCAUGAUAUACUGUUGUCUGCAUAUCCUCUGAGUGUGGAAUGGCUGAACUUUGAUCCUAGCCCAGAUGAUUCCACUGGGAAUUACAUUGCUGUGGGAAACAUGACCCCCGUUAUUGAAGUGUGGGACCUUGAUAUAGUGGACUCCUUAGAGCCUGUCUUCACGCUUGGAAGUAAGCUUUCAAAAAAGAAGAAAAAGAAAGGAAAGAAGAGUUCCUCAGCAGAAGGGCAUACUGAUGCUGUCCUUGACCUUUCAUGGAAUAAGCUAAUCAGAAAUGUGUUGGCAAGCGCAUCAGCUGAUAGCACUGUGAUUCUAUGGGAUAUGUCCUUGGGGAAGCCAGCAGCCAGCCUCGCUGUGCACACAGACAAGGUCCAGACACUGCAGUUUCAUCCAUUUGAAGCACAGACGCUGAUUUCUGGAUCAUAUGAUAAGUCAGUGGCUUUGUAUGACUGCCGAAGUCCAGAUGAAAGCCAUCGAAUGUGGCGGUUCAGUGGGCAGAUCGAGAGAGUGACCUGGAAUCAUUUUUCACCUUGUCAUUUUUUGGCCAGUACAGAUGACGGCUUUGUAUAUAAUUUGGAUGCACGUUCAGAUAAACCAGUUUUUACACUUAACGCACACAAUGAUGAAAUCUCUGGUCUUGAUCUCAGCAGUCAGAUCAAGGGCUGCCUUGUGACUGCUUCAGCAGACAAAUAUGUGAAGAUCUGGGACAUCUUAGGAGAUAGGCCAAGUCUAGUUCAUUCUAGGGACAUGAAAAUGGGAGUUCUCUUCUGUUCUUCCUGUUGCCCUGAUUCGCCAUUUAUUUAUGCCUUUGGAGGUCAGAAAGAAGGGCUUCGGGUCUGGGACAUAAGCACAGUCUCUUCAGUGAAUGAAGCCUUUGGAAGACGAGAGAGGCUUGUUCUCGGCAAUGCAAGAAGCUCCUCUGUCAGCGGCCCCUUUGGGAGCAGGAGCUUAGACACACCGAUGGAGUCUUAGUGAAUUUUGUAAAGCUGGCCUACAAAUGUUCUGUGUGUAGCUGCAUUUGUGCAGAGUGACUGACACACAAUUCCUCUCCAACCGCCUGGUGGUGACACAAACAGAGCUGGUCUUGGUGUGUGCAUUCCAGGUGGGUGGUGCACAGCCUCUGGGUGCAUUUCUUAAAAAGAAUAAUAAAAAAGGUUUUUAAAAAGUAA